UUAGGAAAAAAAUCAACUUAAAAAUACUUUCGAUAAUUUGACCAGUUUGUUGAACUUUCAGAUAGAUGGAUUAUGGAGGAGGAACAAGCGUCACUUGCCAAAGAAAUCAAAGCAAUCGACAAAAAGUCAAUCCACAGAAUCUGUUCAGGGCAGGUUGUUCUAACUCUUGCCACAGCAGUCAAAGAGCUGGUGGAAAACAGCAUUGAUGCAGGGGCAACCAGUGUUGAAAUAAAACUGAAGGAUUACGGAUUGGAGUCGAUUGAAGUGAGUGACAAUGGAAGCGGAGUGGAGGAGAGUAAUUUUGAGGGACUAACUCUCAAGCACCAUACAUCUAAGCUUCAGGAUUUCACAGAUCUGACCAGUGUUGCCACGUUUGGUUUUAGAGGGGAAGCCCUCAGCUCCCUUUGUGCUCUCAGCUCCCUAACAAUUACAACAAGGCAUGGUGAUACAACUGUUGGAACAAAACUGGAAUUUAAUCACAAUGGAAAAAUAAAGACCAAGUCUCCACAACCAAGACAGAGAGGAACAACAGUACUUCUACAGAACCUGUUCUCUACUCUUCCUGUUCGACACAAGGAAUUCCAGAGGAAUGUCAAAAAGGAAUUCAAUAAAUUGAUUCAGGUGCUGAACUCUUACUGCAUUAUCAGUACAGGAGUUAGGAUUACCUGCUCUAACCAAUCCAAGAAAGGAGGGUGGUCAACAGUGUUGUCCAGCAAUGGAAACCAAACGUUGAGGGAAAAUAUAGCAGAUGUUUUUGGACCAAAACAGAUGCACAGUCUUACAGAGUUUGUGACCUUUGACCCAAGUGAUGACAUCUUGGAUGAGUACAGUCUCAAGGUCAACAAGGACAUUGUUAACUGCUUCAGAAUAGAAGGCUAUGUUUCUAAGUGUGCCCAUGGUGUGGGGAGGAGUGCUACAGACAGACAAUUCCUCUUCAUCAACAAACGACCAUUUGAUUCAGCAAAGAUUACAAAAGUGAUAAAUGAAGUGUAUCAUCAGUUUAAUCGUCACCAGUACCCAUUUGUAGCCAUUCAUAUCACCAUGGAUAAAGAAUCCGUUGAUGUAAACGUUACCCCAGACAAACGUCAGAUAUUUAUGGAAAAUGAAAAGAUUCUACUGGCUAUUAUAAAGACAUCUCUUCUGAGGAUGUAUGAGCCUACUGUGUCCACCUAUCCUCUGACUAUGAUCACUGAUAAACUGUUCCAGAAAAACUCAACCCCAGAGAAACUCAACGCAGACUGUGAGAGAGAAGGUACAGAUAAUCAGUCCAGUGGAACAAAAAAUCAGGUGUCAGCCCUGAGUAACCUGAAGAGAAAGUUUUCUAGUGUCUUUGCCAGGACUGAGGCACUGGGAGCUGUAUCACCCUCAACUAAAGACAGAAGUCCUGCCUCUAAACAAAGAAGGCUUGAUCACUUUGUUUUCAAAACAUCUCCUAUGAAAGACAUGAAGAAUAGUGUCCGAGACUUGGAUUCGUGGUGGAACAAAUCAGAGGAGACCGUUAUCACACUGGAAGAGGAUGGGGAUAAGUCCUCAGAUUUCCUGACAAGGGAGGUCAGUACAGAGACGAUUACAACAGAGGGCGGAGUUAUGGGACCUGGAGGAGACUGUUCAGAUCUGAAGGUUGUGUUUCAUGAAUCAGAAAAUAUGAAUUCUGUCACCAACCAGAGCGGAGAAGAAAGAAAUUCUGCAUCUGACGAUGGAGUCUCAAACUGUCAUCUAUCUUGUUCAGUGAGAGUUAAUGACUCACAAGGGGAAUGUGGUGAAGAUAAUAUUUUGUGUUCAAAGGGCAGUAGUCCUGCCAUUUCCAAAUCAUUAAAUGAUGAAAAUUGCUUUAAGUCUUCCAUGGGCAAUUCCAAAAAUAAUAUGUGUUCAAAUGAAACAAAUCAAAAUACCACAGAGUGUUCCAAUGAUAACUCCCUAUGUUCAAAUCUUUAUUCUUCCAAUGUAAGUGAGGGUUUUGUCAAAAGUCUAUGUGAUUCCUCAAAUUAUUCUGAGGACAAUGGAUUAACUUCAGAGAGUACUUCUGGUGAUAUUAACAAGUUUUCAGACAGAGACAGUGAUGAUACCUGUUUAAAGGUAAAUCCUGUGUGUAAAUUGUUCAGUGUGUCCUCAAACCAGCCAGAAAUCUCAUCUACCGACACAGACAACCUCCAUCUGACAGUCACAAGUCUGGAUACAAAAGAAUCUCUCUCUAGAAGAGAAACAACGGUGCCUUUCAGCUUCUUAAAGCUGAAAGAGAAAUUAAAGAAAGCUUCAAAAGAGAAGACCAGUGAUAUAGAGAGCUGUAGGAGAUUCCGCGCGGUUAUCUCCCCUACCGAGAAUCAGUCGGCAGAGGAGGAACUACAGCGGGAAAUCUCAAAAAGCAUGUUCAAAGAAAUGGAAAUUCUUGGACAGUUCAACUUAGGAUUUAUCAUUGUGAAGCUGAACAGCGACUUGUUUAUCGUGGAUCAGCAUGCAACAGAUGAGAAGUACAACUUUGAAAUGUUCCAGAGACACACUGUUAUACAGAGUCAGAAGCUUAUACAACCUCAGAACCUGGAGUUGACGGCCAGCAAUGAAACCAUUCUGAUUGACAGUCUGGAGGUCUUCAAGAAAAAUGGAUUUGACUUCAUCAUUGAUGAAUCUGCUCCUCCAAUGCAGAGAGUAAAACUGACAUCAAUCCCUGUCAGUAGGAACUGGACAUUUGGCAAGGAGGACAUCGAAGAACUCAUCUUUAUGCUUUCUGACUGCCCUAAUGUUAUGUGUCGACCAUCAAGGGUCCGCCAAAUGUUUGCAUCCAGAGCUUGUAGAAAAUCUAUCAUGAUUGGCACUGCUUUAAAGAAAUCAGAAAUGAAGAGGCUUGUAUGUCAUAUGGGAGAAAUAGAUCAGCCUUGGAAUUGUCCUCAUGGCAGACCGACAAUGCGGCAUCUUAUCAACCUGUUAAUGGUUCCAAGAUAACAACAAAGACAGUCUCAAGACCGUGUUAAAUAAAAAACAAUAGACAGACAUGCCAGCGGCUUCCUAUGAGAGUUGCAAGAAAGAAAAGUGAACUUUUAUAUUAGCAUGUUAUUAGUAUAACUGUAGAAAAAAUAAAUGAAACAGACACUGAUUACUACUGACUACAUUUUCUGCCGUCCUGUUUUAUGUUUAAUUGAAAAUGAAUAUAAAGUAAAUUGUGAAGGUAAUGACAGUAGGCCUAUUGUGGUAAACUCUUUUCGAGGCUCUAGAGGAUGCUCCAUGUUUUCCAGGGAAUUUUUUCUGGAGUUGUCCUUGGAAAUCCAUUUAAUUCAACAUUGCAGUGUUUUGGAGGCAUCUUAUUCCCCUUUAUGCUUAUCCUUUAU